AUGGCAAGAUCAGUGAUUGCAACUAUAAUCCAGGCCAAUAGAGUUUUUAGAGUCAAAAGGACUGCAAGUAAGCGCUUUGGUGGCGUUUCAUGGACAACUUUGCUGUACUUCUGCAACCUUCAGUCGAUUCGGGACUUGCCAGGAUUAGAGUCACUGAGGCACAUCGGACUGAGUGGAUUUCAUGAUGAGUACAGCUUGAAUGCUGUAGUGAGAACAUCAAUCACUCUUCACAUGAGACUCCAAUCUUCCGAAAUGGAAGGGGAGAAUAAAGGCAUUUACUUUAGCUACCCAUGUCGACGUCGCAGCUGUUCUGUAGUAAACAUCCCAGCACCAUGUGUCAACAAAAUGAUUUCACACAUUCAAGAUGUGGAAUCUAAAAUACAGGAGUAUUUGAAACAGUUUGAAAUGGCCCGUGGAGAAUGGAGUAUAGCUUCUUCCACAAAAGGAGCGACAGAAGAUUGGAGUACAACAAGUAUUGCUGCACCAGAAGAAAAGGUCAAAACAGAAGAAGGAGACGAAAAGUGUCCAGAAAUAAAGCAGGAAAUGGGAACAUUGCUAUCGGAGGCCAUCCAUCUCAUUAAAAGCCUAGAAACCGACCGUGCAGAAGCUGAAGAAGCUUUAAGACGACAAAAAUUGAGAAAGAAAAAGAUUAACAUGAAAAUUGAUUCUUGGUCAAUCUGGAGACUUCAAGAACUCCCCUCAGCUGUGCAGAAAGAACAUGAGACCUAUAUGAGAGAUAUUAUAGAAUUGCGAUGGCAUCUUACAGAUAAAGUACAUCAACUAAAACGUUUUGAAGAACAAAAGGCAAAGUUAGAAGAAGCUAAUGCAAAGGUUCAAGCAGACGUAGACUACAUGAGUAAGCAUGCCCCUCUACUGGACUCAAAGCGGAACCAGGAACUUGAAGCUCUGAAGGAAUGUUAUUUAAAAAAAUUUGAGAUAAUGGAACUGUGCAAACGUGUCCAUGAAGAACUUGAAGAAGCUAAAGAAAACUGCGAAAAUGCCAAACAAAAGGCUGAAGAAAUUAAAGUCGAAAUGGAUCAAGAUCUUAAACGUGUUGAAGCAAGCUUGGAUGUCUACAAGAAAGAGAUAGAUAAACUCAAUAGUCUAUAUCGUCACUACUCCACAUCUAUAGAAAAUGUUAACUUGGAUAUUGAGGAGAAAGAAGAGACAGUGACUGAAGCACUGAAGGAAACAAAGUCAUCAACAAAUGAAUUAGCUACUUUAUCAAGAAAGUUAGAGGAGCUAAAAAGGUUUUACGAUCAACUAACAUGGAAGAAAAAAGGUUAUGAAAAGGAAUAUAUAGAUGCACUCAAUACUUUUUAUGCCACAAAAUCUACAUGGGACAUUGAGCUUUCUAAUGUUUCAAAAGAUUUUUCAGAUAUUUCAAAAGCAUAUACUCAAUUGUUGGAAGAAAAUAAAAAAAUGGAGAUGGAUGUUGAGCUCGUAGUAGAUCAUAUCAAUCAAAGUAUAAAGAAAAAAGCAGAACAUGAGACUGAAAUCCAAAGUUUGUUGAAACUGAAGGCACAAAAUAAUGAAUUGCUUAAACAGCUAUACAGGGAAGCUUAUCAAAUUGGUGCUGUUUUCCACCUCACCAAAUUUAAAACAGAUGAAUUGGACGGGAAAAUUGCAGAAGUGAGAAGAAAAUUCAAGGGUAGAGAAGAUUUCUUGAAAAAACUCAUUCGAAAUGAAGUGUCUACUUCAAUACUGAUUCAGAAAAAAAUGUUUUCCCUUCAAGAAGUCCAGGGACAGGAAAAGAAGGAUCUUAUAAAUAAGAAAAUACUAUAUGCCCUAGCAUUGGCACAGUUGGAGGAGCCACUGGUUGAACUAGAAGAAGAGGCCGUCAGAAUCAGAAGUAUCCAUCAACAACAUUCUGAAACAAUUAAUGAUAUAGUUGAGAAGAAAAACAAUAUUAGAAGAAAAGUGGAAAGAACAAAGAAAAAAUUGAGAAUGAAGGGGAAGAAAACUCGUGAGGCACUAAUAGAAACAGAGGAAAAACGCUCAACAAUUUUUAAAGAAAUACAUGACACAAAGAGUAAAACAUCUGAUUUUCAAACCAAGAUAAAUACAUUGAAUGAGGAAUUAAUAUUAAAAGAACAGGAAAAGAAACAUUUUGAUGAGACACUUGACAUUUUAAAGGAUAAAUUUGUAAGUGUAAGAUUUACAAAAGAACAUGCGCAAGCUGUGUUUGAUCAGCUCAACAGUGAGAAAAGAGCCUGUCGAGAGAGAGUCCAUGAGGAAGAAGAGAGAUUUAGGGUGCUCAUUUCCAUGAGGCAAAAAACUCUGGAAGAAAUUAAAAAAACACAAGCUGAUUCACUGGAAGAAAAUCUGCGCUUGGCUCAAGAGUAUCAGAAGAUACAAGAUCAUUUCUUAGCAGAAAAGGAGAAAUAUUUCAGUGUCUAUGAUAGACAGCUAUUAUCAUUUAAUGCUUCAAUUAGAGACAAAACACAGUUCUGUCAGCUGCAAAGAAAGAUACACAAGGUAUGGGAGACGCACUUCAAACUGGUGGCCCUCUCCAGCCAGAUGAGGCUGGCCAAGUUCCAGACAGACUCUCAAGAGAGUAUUCAGAAAAUAUUAGCUGUGCAGGAGGAAUCUUCAGAUUUAAUGCAACACAUCUUAGCUUUCUUCCAGUCUUUGACAGAUGGCUCGUGUGAAAACGAUGGCUAAGCAAACAACCAAUGUAUCUUGGAUGCUGAAAUAAAAGACAAGAAAAGUCACACAGUUCAGAUAACAGUGUAAUUGGACAUUCACCUGUUUGCCAUUUCACACUUCCAUGGACGAAAAACUCACUCACCUCCCAGCAUGCUUUGCCACUCUUUUACUUACAGCAAAUCCAUAACAAUGAAACAGGUGACUUUCAUGCUGCUGUCAGGAACGAUCUAAUUUCAGCUUUGGGUGACUGAUUGCAAUUGGCUUUGCCUCAUCUGAUAAUUAAUCUAUGUCACCAUUAAUUGGAAGAGAGAAUAAUUACUGGCGGUGUUGACAGUGACUGUGUGCUUCCCCAGAUUUCCCCAUCGUGUUGGCGCAAAUAAAGGCUUUGCAAUUCAGUACUUAAAGUUUGCGUAAACUGUAACAAUACCUAUGCCCAUGUGACACUUUCAGACACUCUGUCUAAUGUACUUUUGUUUUUGUGUUUGCCAAUCUUUUUUUAGUUCACUGAGAGCUGUCUCUCUCAAUCACUCCUCAAUGUUCUGUCUUAAUUUUGUGGAAGUUUAAAGUUUUCAAUGAGCUGGAGAUGAAUGAUUAAUGAAUAAAUUUAAAUGCUUCAUUUUG